UAUAAAACCCAAGACCAGAAAACAGAAGCAGCAUCUGCGUGGGGCACCCUCUCUAAAAAGAUGCAUUUUCUUCCCCUCCCCCUGCUGCUCCUUCUAUGCUGCAGAGCUGAAGCUGGGGAGAUCAUCAGGGGCACAGAGUGCAAGCCACACUCCCGCCCUUACAUGGCCCUCCUGAAAAUCAUCACUCCCCAGAAUCGCCUGAUGUCCUGUGGUGGUUUCCUGAUAAGACGGAACUUCGUGCUGACAGCCGCUCACUGUGCAGGAAGUUCCAUAAUGGUCAUCCUCGGAGCCCAUAACAUACGAAAGAAAGAAGACACAUGGCAGAAGCUUAAGGUCAUAAAACAAUUCCCUCACCCAAAAUACGAUGACCUUACUCUUCGCCAUGACAUCAUGCUACUGAAGUUGAAGGAGAAAGCCAACCUGACCCUGGCCGUGGGGACGCUCCCCCUUCCGCCCCAGUUCAACUCCAUCCCACCUGGCAGAAUGUGCUGGGUGGCUGGCUGAGGCAGAAGACAAGUAAACGGAACAGGCUCCGACACUCUGCAGGAGGUGAAGCAGAGACUUAUGGAUCCCCAGGCCUGCAGACAGUACAGAGGUUUUGACCACAACCUCCAGCUGUGUGUUGGCAAUCCCAGGAAGACAAAAACUGCAUUUGAGGGAGAUUCAGGGGGCCCUCUUCUCUGUGCUGGGGUGGCCCAGGGCAUUGUCUCCUAUGGACAGUUGGAUGCAAAGCCCCCUGCUGUCUUCACCCGAAUCUCCUACUACCGGCCCUGGAUCAAUGAGGUCCUAAAGCAGAACUAAGCCUGGAGGGAGCCUGAGCCAGCCCAAGGGGAAAUCUGGACCUGCGCAGGCUCUCUGUACCACUUACUCCAGAGCUGCCUCUGGUCUCUGCUGAGACCCCACCAUGUCCCUCAGAUCCAAGAGGGCUCCUCCAGGUCACAGAGUCCUCAAAAACCUCAAUAAAAACCCAGCU